AUGGAUGCCUCUUUUCCCAAGUUGGUACUGACCGUGACGCGAAAAGUGAAACGCGGGGCGUUCAGUGGUGAAAGAGACUCCAGCUCGAGUGCAGUGCAGCCAGCUACCAAGAAAAAACGAAGCUCGGAGACGUGGAAAUCGAUCCUCCAUGGGAGAGUUGUGCUAAAAAGAGGGCUGAUCAAGAGAGUUGGAGCGGGGGAGACAAAUAUCUGGCGGGAAAAUUGGAUCCUCGGGCUGAGGUCUCUCCGGCCAUUGGUGAGGUUGCCGACAGCGGAUGCAGAGGUGGUGAGCGGUCUCUUUGUCCCUGGUACGCGUGUUUGGGAUGAGGAGAUUGUUCACAAAUCGUUCAUGUCGUUGGAGGCGACAGAGAUACUGAAGAUCAAGCUAGGAGUGAACCUGGAAAGCGAUGUGAUGGCCUGGGCUUUUGAGAAGAAUGGUUUUUACUCAGUGCGCACAACCUACAGGCUGCUCAAGGACGAGCAAAUGGGGCAGGCCAUGGCUGCGACAGGGGAAGCCUGGGCGUCGGGGAACGAUCGGGCCUAG